AUGUCCCCCGAGUUUCACAUUGCUCCAGAGUUCCUCGAUAUGGGCUUCUGUGGGACGCCAUGGGAACAGCACCAGCAAGCGCAAACUUCUGCAGCCAUGCUUCUCGAUGAAGGGCUCCCAUACUUUGGUUUGCUUACCCCCGAGGACCAGCAACCUCAUCAUCACCCGGAUCAGCACAACGAAGAACCACCGAUCCCAACUACAAGCUGCAACAACAUGGAAAGCUGCAGCUAUGACAUUUCUCCACAACUCCAGGCUCAACCCCAGUUAUCCCAGUCCUUAGAUCAUGGCAUUCUAUCGACAAUAGCAUGCGACUGCACAUCGACCCUCCUGGAUCACCUGUCAGCAUACUCGCAUGUAUCCCCUUCUUCAUACCUGGCCUCGACUUCCGCCGCCCUCUCUACAUCCCGAACCCUCAUCACCAGCUGCUGUAACACGAUGGCGUGCCCCAACGCAUGCUAUACGCGGCUCUCAACUGCGCUCGUCAUCUGCGAAGCCAUUGACCAUGCGCUCGUCGCACUCAGACUGGGCAGCAACUCGCUUUGGACACCGACACUGACGUCCAUGCCCAGCUACAAAAACGGGACGUCUUCAUCGCCCUCCUCAACCUCUUCGUCAUCCAGCACAAGCGGUGGUAAUGGCAAUGACAUCAUGCUUCCAUCGGCAGAUGACGAGUACGAGCCGCUGCGCUGCGGCACAUUGCCGAUCCGGGGUGCCGACAGGCGAGCCAUGGUGCGGGUACUGCUAGUGAAGCGAGUACUCGAGGUACAGGGGGUGCUUGAGCGACUACGGGACAUGUUGAUGUCGGGGCUGCUGGUCAGCGGGGAUGCGACAGUGAAGAGACCGUUGCUGGCGCUGUGCGCCGAUACCGUGGGCGAGUUCGCAAGGAAAGUAGCGGAGAGAGUGGAGACUGUAAAGCUACAGAUGUAA